AUGGCUGGCGUAAGCAACAUGGGCGACUCUGGCCUGUCCCGCAUGAGCAUCGCCUCCCAGUUCUUUGCCGGGGAGGAGACGUCUGGCAUAGACACCAUGACUACCUCGGAGAGGGUAAGAUUCCCAGGAUCUGAGUCUAAAUGUGGAUAGGUUGUGAUAAUCACUUUCAGAGAACAUUUUCUGAAAAGCCUUCUUUCCCUUUCUUUUCAAAAAACAGGUGGUGGAUUUGCUAAAUCAAGCCGCCUUAAUCAGCAACGAUUCCAAAAUCACAAUCCUCAAACAGGUGAGUGGCAUCGCUGCCUUUGCAUUGAUAAGAUUGUAGGUGUAAACCGGGAACGCUUUGUGGUUAAACGGUCUUGUUUCCACAGGGCCAUGUGUACCUGGGCUGUCUUAAGACCUGUAGGUUCAUGUGAGGUUAACAAACCAGAAAGAGGAUUGAAAUAUACUUCCCAGUUCCAGGACCUGCAUGGCCUAACCUUAGUCUGGGAAUGACUGGCAGUAAUGAUUCUCGGAAAAUAGUCCAUAUCCUGUCCAGUGGGGGCUGGGGGUGCAGUUAGGUGGGACAAAAGAAAGAAAUUUCUGUGUGAUCUGGUCAUGUCCUUCUACAGUUGUAGCCAAGUGAGUCAGCUCCUCCUCCCUUGAAACCUCUUAAGAUCAGGAGCCCCACAACCGACAGUAAAGGUAAAGGGACCCCUGACCAUUAGGUCCAGUCGUGACCGACUCUGGGGUUGCGGCGCACAUCUCGCUUUAUUGGCCGAGGGAGCCGGCGUACAGCUUCCAGGUCAUGUGGCCAGCAUGACUCAGCCGCUUCUGGUGAACCAGAGCAGCACACGGAAACGCUGUUUACCGUCCCGCCGGAGCGGUACCUAUUUAUCUACUUGCACUUUAACGUGCUUUCAAACUUCUAGGUUGGCAGCAGCAGGGACUGAGCAAUGGGAUUUGAACCGCCAACCUUCUGAUCAGCAAGUCCUAGGCUCUGUGGUUUAACCCACAGCGCCACCCACGUCCCUCUACAACCGACAUUACUUUGCAUUAAAUUCGCCAUCUUGUAAAAAUGACGAUGUUGUGUCCAAGGCAGCCUUAAACGGAUGUUAUCCUCAAGUAUAUGUGUUUUAUGUGCAGUUGCAUACUGAACACUUUGGAACAUGGUUUGUGCUGGGAGUGGGAGGGAAGUGUUUCUGAAUUCAGGAUCUGAUGAGUUAAUCUGCCUCUGCCUAGUUAGGGGCUCUGUAUCGUGUAAUGUUCCCCACCUCUCUUCCAAGAUGACUGUUGUGUGGGGUUGGCUGGUAAGAUUUAGUGCAGGCAUAGGCAAACUCAGCCCUAUUUUUGGGACUACAACUCCCAUCAUCCCUAGCUAACAGGACCAGUGGUCAGGGAUGAUGGGAACUGUAGUCUCAAAACAUGGAGGGCCGAGUUUGCCUAUGCCUGAUUUAGUGACUGGCAAGUAGGGAGUUGUCUGAUUGCCUGAUGAUACACCAUAAGCGUUCUCCUGGUUUACCUUCUCUUCUUGGCUAUAUCAACUAUUCUUUUUGUUUCCCAGGUCCAGGAAUUGAUUAUAAACAAAGAUCCCACACUGUUGGAUAAUUUCCUAGAUGUGAGUAUUGCUUGUGCUAGAAACAGCCUUCCCUCCACCAUCUCUGCCCUCCAUGGACUUGGGACAGCCACUGCUGGUCUUGCUUGGUUCUGUUCCUUGUGUGUUCUGUUCUGGCCUGGCCCAGCUCAAAAGUGGAUGGGGCUUUUCGGCCUGCUGUUGGCAGGCCUGAGAGACAGGUGGCCGCCUCUGACCUUCUCCUUAUCCUUGCACCGCAGGAGAUCAUUGCUUUCCAGGCAGACAAAUCUGUUGAGGUUCGGAAGUUUGUCAUCGGGUUCAUAGAGGAAGCCUGGUAAGUCAGAUGUUGUUAUGCCAUCCUAGCAAUCAGCAUCCCCUUAGCUGUUUCUGCGGGUCUUUGGGGUAUGUGUGUAUACUGCCCAUCCCAGGGAAGUUAUUAGUGUGUGAUGGUGUAUUGUGCUUUUCCUAUUUUUUGUUGGGAGCUGCCCAGAGGGGCUGGGGCAACCCAGUCAGAUGGGCAGCAUAUCUAUCUAGAGAGAGAGGGUUUGUACCACGGCUGACUAAUAGACCCCUGCGUGGUCCCAUUUCUUUCAUUGCUUCCUUUUUCUCCCAAACUGCUGCCUCUCGCCUCCAGCAAACGGGACACCGAGCUGCUGCUCAAGCUUAUUGCCAACCUCAACAUGCUGUUGAGGGAUGAGAACGUCAAUGUGGUGAAGAAGGCCAUCCUCGCCAUGACUCAGUUGUAUAAGGUGGCGCUGCAGGUGAGCUGCUCCCCCGGGGUGGGGUUGGGGGCAGCUGAGCUUGCUCUUUGGGGCCCCUUUGCCUGCCUGGUCCCUGCCUCUUGUUUUCUGCCUGUCUCUCUCAAACCUGAGGCUGCUAAUAAUGCUCCCUGCCAACAGUGGAUGGUGAAAUCCAGAGUGAUCAACGACAUGCAGGAGGCCUGCUGGGAGAUGGUGUCCGCCAUGGCCAGUGAAAUCAUCCAGCUGCUGGACUCGGACAACGACGGCAUACGCACCCACGCCAUCAAGUUCGUGGAGGCGCUGAUCAUCACCCUCUCUCCCCGGAUGCCGGAGUCGGAGGUGCCCAAGCGCCACGAGAAUGACAUCAGCCUCGACCGUGUCCCAGAGGACCACCCCUACAUCAAAUACAGUAAGCGGGUGUACGGCUUCCCUUUAUCACACACGCAGCCCAACAAGACGACGACAAAAAUCCACCAACAGCAUACAAAUCAGUAUGGCUAACCUGGUCCAAAACAUCCACCCACCCCACUCACACAUGAAAACAUAGACCACCACAGCCUACCACUAAUGAACAGCCACACCCUAGGCCAAUCUCAACCUCUCUCACCACCAAAGGAACACAAGUGAAUAGCAGAGAACCUGCACAAGUGAUGCUGACAAAACCCCCCCACAUAUAUUAAGUAUAAUAGAAACAUCGCCACCCGACCCCACCCAUCUUUCCCACCCCCACCUCUUUCCCCCUUUUCUUCCUAAUGUCUCAACAAAUGAAACUGAUUUGUAAAAAUGUUACAUGGGGGAAAAUAAUGUGAGAGAGAGACAUUGCACACACUUUUGUAAGUCAAGAAAAUCUUUAAUAAAAAAAAAUAUAUAUACAGUAAGCAGGUGAAGCCAAGGGAGGCGGCAGGGCUCCUGGGAAAACAGUCCUGGUCUGGACUAACAAUAAGGAUGGAUAAGUGCAGAGCCCAGGAAGGGGUAUCAGGUGUCUUGGUCAUCCUGGGAAGGGACCAAACAUUGCCUGCUCCAACGAAUGCCUUGAUCACAAAUGUCUGCUCUGAGCCCCCUCCUGUCUCGCCUGGAUCAUCUGCUGCAGGUGCAAUAUGGCAAGGUGCUUGCAAAGGUGGCGGCGGCUGCAGAAUGCGUUGAGAUCUCCACCAGCUGUUCCUCACUGCUGCUUUUUGCCUCUCCCUCUCAGACGUUCUGUGGGAAGAAGGGAAGACAGCGCUGGACCAGCUGUUGAAGUUCAUGGUCCACCCAGCCAUCUCCAGCAUCAACCUGACGGCCGCGCUGGGCUCCUUGGCCUCCAUCGCCCGCCAGCGGCCCAUGUUCAUGUCAGAGGUGAUCCAGGCCUAUGAGACACUCCACGGUAAGCCUGCCACGCUCACAGUAUCUGGGACCCCCUGUAUACCUAUUAAGAUUGAUCUGGUCUUCAUUAUUGGGGCUGCCCCAGUCUUUUAAAAAAAUCAGAAAUCUUCCUAUCACCUUGAGGUGUUCCCUAAAGACAUGUAGUGAUGGCGCCAGGUGGGCCUCUCUGGGGAGAACAUUCCACAAACAGGGAGCCACCUCUCUUGGGUGCAGGACAUAGAGAAAGGCCUCAGGUGACAAGUGCCAGGUCUGGGUCAGUUCAUACGGGGAGGUGAUGUUACAAGUUUGUGGGUCGUAAAUCCUUUGACCCACUGAGUCUGCUGCAACGGCCCUGCAAUAAAUUUGAUUUAUUGCCACUCUGACAAACUCCAGUGACGCCCACACGCUUCCACUCACACGCUGCCACGCUUCUCAGUUGCCGGAUAACAGCAGAGUUCACACGCAGCGUAAAAUGGCUUGUCUGUGUCAACGUGGUGUCUUCAAUAACUCAGCUCGACACCAGUGCUUCUAUUCUAACCCUCUUUAUUUAGAAGCAUUCACAACAGAAAAGAAAAACCUACAGAAUCUAGCUGCAUGCUUGCAGCUUUCUGUCUCUAACAAAAACGAAACUACCUUGCUCACAUUCUCAGACAGAGUGCUCUCCAGAGAGAGCUCAGCCCCCACAGAGCACAGAUCAAAGGAAAAUGCCCGGGUCAUGUGGGCAAUGCACCCAGUGAAUCAGAACACUUCCUGGAGUGUUAACUCUUGGCUGUCCAGAACCACAACAGGUGACCCUUAAGGUAUUGAGGUCCUGAGCUGUUUGGACAUACAGUGGAACCUCAGGUUACAUACGCUUCAGGUUACAGACUCCGCUAACCCAGAAAUAUUACCUCGGGUUAAGAACUUUGCUUCAGGAUGAGAACAGAAAUUGUGCUUCAGCGGUGCAGCGGCAGAAGGAGGCCCCAUUAGCUAAAGUGGUGCUUCAGGUUAAGGACAGUUUCAGGUUAAGAACGGACCUCCGGAACGAAUUAAGUACUUAACCCGAGGUACCACUAUAUAGGCUUAAUCAGCGAAAUUAAGCGGGCCCAAUGGUGAGGUGCUGUAGAAGUGGGAACAGAGGGAGGCUGCAUAUUUCAUAUUUCCACUCAAUUUCAUCAUCAUCAUCAUCAUCAAUUUAUUAUUUAUACCCCGCCCAUCUGGCUGAGUUUCCCCAGCCACUCUGGGCAGCUCCCAAUCAAGUGUUAAAAACAAUACAGCGUUAAAUAUUAAAAACUUCCCUGAAGAGGGCUGCCGUCAGAUGUCUUUUAAAAAUAGGAUAGCUGCUUAUUUCCUUCACAUCUGAAGGGAGGGUGUUCCACAGGAUGUUCCUCCUUGGGCCCGGGAUCUGGGUUCCUCUCUAAUGUUGUCGCUUGCUUGACUCAUUUACUCUGCCCUCCUGCCGACAGCCAACCUCCCCCCGACGCUGGCCAAGUCCCAGGUGAGCAGUGUGCGGAAGAACCUCAAGCUGCACCUGUUGAGCGUCCUCAAGCACCCGGCCUCCGUGGAGUUCCAGGCCCAGAUCACCACCCUGCUGAUGGACCUGGGCACGCAGCAGGCCGAGAUCACCCGCAACAUGCCCAACCUGAAGGAGCUCCGCAAGCGCCCGCGGGAUGAUAGCGACCCUGCCAUGAAGAAGAUGAAGAUGGGUGAGCGGGCAAAGGAGGGGCAGGAGCGGUCCGUGGGGAGGGACAGGCUCUUCUCCAAACGCUGUGAAGAUCCCCAACCGUUCAGCACCUGCCCCACCACAUAAAACACACAAAGACUUUCUCUUUCUCUGCUGCAGAGCCAAAUCUUGGGGAGGAUGAUGAGGAUAAAGACCUGGAGCAGGUGGCAGCCCCGGUCCCCAAGCCCUCCAUCCAAGUCAGCACGCAGUCGGACACGGACAUCACCGCUGAGUUUCUACAGCCCCUUCUGACUCCAGAUAACGUGGCCAACCUGGUAGGUUUAGCUGGCGAACGCGGCACUUGGCUGCUCCUCGCUUGAGUUCCGGGAGGGGAGAACCUUUUGCCAAAGGGUCUAGAAAGCAGACGGGAUGGCAGGAGACACAACCUCAGCUUGACCGAAGGGUGAUCAUUCUGGAAAAGCCGGAGAGGCACGUGUCCCUUUGCGUAAAGUUAGCCUGGCGCGCCUCAUCCUUGUGAAAGCUGGAUGAGUGGAGGUGUAGAAGAAGAAGAAGAAGAGUUUGGACUUGAUAUCCCACCUUUCACUCCCUUUAAGGAGUCUCAAAGCAGCUAACAUUCUCCUUUCCCUUCCUGCCCCACAACAAACACUCUGUGAGGUGAGUGGGGCUGAGAGACUUCAAAGAAGUGUGACUGGCCCAAGGUCACCCAGCAGCUGCAUGUGGAGGAGCGGAGACGCGAACCCGGUUCCCCAGAUUACAAGUCCACCGCUCUUAACCACUACACCACACUGGCUCUCUGCCCUAUAAUCUUGUAGGGCAAGAUUGGCUUUUUCUUAGGAAUAGAAGUGUUUUCCUGCUUGGCUCUGGCAUGCCAGGCCCUCUCACCAUCUUUCUGCCCCCCAGGUGCUCAUCAGCAUGGUGUACCUGCCUGAAAAUAUGCCUGCUUCCUUCCAAGCCACCUAUACCCCAGUGGAAUCUGCUGGCACUGAGGUCCAGAUCAAGCACCUUGCCCGCCUCAUGGCCACCCAGAUGACGGCAGCUGGGCUAGGGCCAGGUAUGCCCCUAAGAGGGACUCUGGGGGAGUUGCUAUGAACUUCUAGCACAGAUGGUCCCAAUCUCUGGGUGUUUGAGCAAUACAGUGGUCUUUGUAUUUGCAAAGGUUUUGCUUUGUUUUUGCAUGGGCCCAUAAAGAAAAACUAACUGGAUGCGAUGGUUUGUGGGUGUGAUUUUGCUAACUGUUUCAUAGACACAGCUGAAUGGGUUUAAUUUAGGGGUGGGGGAGUCCUCCUUUCCCUCGUAGGCACCCUUUCAGGGGUCGCAUGCCAGUCAGUGAGUGGGACCAGAGCCCAAAGCAGGCAGAAUAAUGGGUGUGACUCUUCUAUAGCAGGCUUCAUCCACACAAACGGCAGUUUUCAGACAUCCCAAAGAGGGCUGCUUUUGACCCUGGGACCGAGGUUCCUGAUCCCUGAUUCAGAUCCUCAGAAUGCUUGUUAUUGAGGCUAACUGUCAUACAUGAUUACCAAGCCCAAACAGUAAAGCUGAGCCACGUUCUGAGGUAUCGGGUAUACACAUUUGCAGCACUGUAUUUCAGUUCUUGCUAUUUAUUUAUGUAAGGGGUCUGGGAGCGGUCUCUCUCUACCUAUAAGACAGAAGAGAAGUUUAAAAAGUUACAAGUUAGGGGCAGAGGAUGAAGUGGGUUUUGCCAGAUGAUUAAUUCCCUCUUCCUCUCUCCUGCAGGUGUGGAGCAAACCAAGCAGGUCAAGGAGUCGCUGAAAGAAGAGAAAAUGCUCAAACCGGAAAGCGUGCUGAUCAAGCGACGCUUCUCUGCUCUCAAUACAGGCCAGGCCAUUUCUGUGUUGGGAGCCCAGGGCUCUGUCCCCUCUACUGAGCCUGGGGUGCCGCAGACCAAGCGGCGCCCAGAACCAAUCAUCCCUUCCACUCAGCCCAGGUGAGAGCCUGGUGAGAGCAACACCAGCCAGUGUGGUGUAGUGGUUAAGAGCGGUAGUCUCGUAAUCUGGGGAACUGGGUUUGCAUCUCCGCUCCUCCACAUGCAGCUGCUGGGUGACCUUGGGCCAGUCACACUUCUUUGAAGUCUCUCAGCCCCACUCACCUCACAGAGUGUUUGUUGUGGGGGAGGAAGGGAAAGGAGAAUGUUAGCCGCUUUGAGACUCCUUUGGGUAGUGAUAAAGCGGGAUAUCAAAUCCAAACUCUUCUUCUUCUCCUCUUUGUCCUUUGAGGUUGAGGGGGGCGGUUCAGUUAAAGAACAAUUAACAGGCAGCUCGUGAGACAAAUGAUAAACACCAUUUGGAAAAGGGCCAAACACAGAACAUAAAAUAAAUGUAUAUGAGUUUAUCAAGGUUGCAGCAUGGUCCUAAAGUUACAAGACUAUCUAGUUAUAGAUAAAUCCAUGAAAAUGGGAGACCUGUCAGAAAAAGUUGAGAUGAUUUCUUCCCAUUCACCUUGGCUGUCAUAUCCUUUCUCAUCUAUCUAGAUUGUAAGCCCCAUGGGGACCGGGGACCGGCCUCUCUCUUUGUCUCUAUUUAAAAGCACCCUGUAUGUGGAUGGAGCUACACAGAAAACUAACCUAUUCUCUCCAGCUGGUGGCCACUGUGGUCUCCCUGCUGCUCUCCUGAGCUGGUUGUGUGCAAGAAGGAAUGUGCUUUGAGCAACCAGCUCUCGCAGGAGCAGUCUCCUUUUUUGCAAAUCCCUUCCUGAGUGGCUGCUCAGCUUCUGUUUCCAGCUGCUGGAAGAUCCCCGCUUUCAUGAACUUGUGUCCUUACCCUAUUUCCAAUUCCCCUGCAUAAUUGCAAAGGUUUUCCCCAAAUCCUUGCAAAGAAGACAUGGGGCAUUGGUUGGAUAAAGCACCCUCAUCGCUUGAGCUGCUUCUCUGCCUGCCCUUCAGAGGCUGAUGUGUUUUCUUUUCUCCCACCUGCUUCUUCCCAGGUUGGCCGGAGCCACCGGCCGCAAGAAGAUUUUCCGCCUGAGUGAUGUGAUCAAGCCUCUCACGGACGUGCAGAUGGACAAGCUGAAGCUGGCGGCCGUGAAGCGGAUCCUGCGCUCCGAGAAGGCCGUGGCCUGCAGCGGGGCCGCCCACGUAAGUGUCUCCCGCAGCCUUGUCGUGGUGGGAUCCUGGUUGGGUCCAGCAUCUCCGCCUCACCUUCGCCAGCUUCCUUCUUUCGCAGGCCCGGGUGAAGAUCCUCUCUUCUCUGGUGACCCAGUUCGAGGUCCCUCUCAAGAGCGAAGUCCUGACCUUCAUCCUGGACGACAUCCGCAACCGCCUGGACCUCGCCUUCGCCUGGUUGUACCAGGAGUACAAUGCCUACCUGAGCCAAUACCCCUCCGGCUCGCUCGACAACUACGACGAGUGUCUCAUUGGCCUGCUCUCCGGUCUGCAGGAGAAGCCGGACCAAAAAGAUGGGUGGGUACUUGGGGCCUUGUAGAGGUGUGUGGCAGGGUGAGGUUCAGGGACACAAAACCUCCCCUAUGGUUAUUUGAUCUCCCCUUUAGCCCCAUGGCUACCAGACAUUUUGAGAGCAAGAUGGGUAAGCUACUAAAUGCACCCCAAUAUAAGCUAUGGUGACCCAAGUAAGUCCCCCCCCCAAGAAUAUUUCAAAGCAUUUAUCACCAUAAACAUUUUUAUAAUAUACAAAUUUUCUUCUUGACUUCCCACCCCUCCUUUUCUAAUUUUUCCCCCCACUCCUUUUUAUUAGGUGUUUUCUAACACUUUUUUUUUUAUCUAAACCCUGCUACCAUUAAAAUUUUCAUUACCGUAUUUUUCGUUCUAUAGGGCGCACCGGCCCAUAGGACGCACCUCGUUUUUUGGGGGGGGAAAUGAAUAAAAAAAAUUAUUCCCCCCCCCCCCGCCGCGGCUGCCGCCCCAAGCCUCGCUUGCUUCGGGCUGCAGGCUACCGCCCCAAGCCUCGCGUGCCGGCGGGACCUCCCACCGGGCGCGCGAGGCUUGCAGACACUCGCCUAAAGCACGGGGAGCCCUCCGGAGGGCUCCCCGUGCUUCGGGCGACAGGCUGCCGCCCGAAGCCUCGCGCGCUCGGCGGGACCUCCUGCCGGGCGCGCAAGGCUUGCAGACACUCCCCCGAAGCACGGGAGCCCUCCGGAGGGCUCCCGUGCUUCGGGCGACAGGCUGCCGCCCGAGCCUCGCGCGCCGGCGGGACCUCCUGCCGGGCGCGCAAGGCUUGCAGACACUCCCUGAAGCACGGGGAGCCCUCCGGAGGGCUCCCGUGCUUCGGGCGACAGGCUGCUGCCCCAAGCCUCGCGCGCCGGCGGGACCUCCUGCCGGGCGCGCAAGGCUUGCGGACACUCGCCGGGGCUGCAGGCUGCUGCCUGCAAGCCUUGUGAGCCCGCGGGAACUCCCACCGGGCUUGCAAGGCUUGCGGAUAGCUUCCUGAAGCCUGGAGAGCGAGAGGGGUCGGUGCGCACCGAUGCCUCUCGCUCUCCAGGCUUCAGCGAAAGCCUGCAUUCGCUCCAUAGGACGCACACACAUUUCCCCUUCAUUUUUGGAGGGGAAAAAGUGCGUCCUAUGGAGCGAAAAAUACGGUAAUCUACUGUUUAUAUUUCAAAUCCUGCCCUUGACUUCAUAGGUUGGUGAUAUUUUGAUAGGUAAUCCAUUAGGGCUCUCUAUUCCUCCUUAGACACUUUGUCAUUAUGUCCUCUUAGUUUUGGCAGUUAAUGUUACCAUUUCAGCAUAUUCCAUCAGUUUCAUAAGCCAUCCCUCUUUAGUUGAUAGUCCUUUCUGUUUCCACUUCUGUGCAUACAAAGUUCAGCCAAGGUAAAAUUCAAUGGUGCCACUCCUGAAUAAUAAUAAUAACAACAAUUUUUUAUUAUUUGUACCCCACCCAUCUGACUGGGUUACCCCAGGCACUCUGAGCUGCUUCCAACACAAUAUGAAAACACAAGAAAACAUGCAGCGUUAAAAACUUCCCUGCCUGCAGGUUUCAUCUUAAUGUUAUGUAGCCGUUUGUCUCCUUGACAUCUUAACAGUUAAAUUAGCACCGUCUCCAUGCUGGGGACUGAAGUGGAUGGAGCCUUGUGGUUCAGUCCUUGCCCCACAGCUCCUACAAGACAGGCCUGUGGCCAGAAAUUCCUUACGCUUGCGGAAUAUUCUGGUGGAGCCAGUGAAACACGGAAGAACUUGAAACAUCAAAAUCUGCUCUUUUAAAUCGGGGCUUGUUCAAAGAACCAAUUCUCUCGUGCAAGUUUUAAUCAAUUUCUACUAUGCAGAGGAAUAAGAUUAAGGCUAGAGAAGGGGGGAAAGAAUGCAUACUUUGUUCUGAGAUGGAGCACGUUGGCAUGGCAGCUUUUUAGAAGAGGCCUGGACUGAGCAGGGGGAAACAUAUGUUUUAAGUUCUUCCUUUUUGAAAAUGGUUAUCUUAGGGCUUCCAAUACAAAAACCGAAACCAAAUCCUGCUGCCUGAUACUGUUUUGGAGCAUCUGUUAGAGGGGAUUUUUACUCAAAUAAGGAUGCUAUCAUAAAACCUAAGAAGUCGGAAGAACUGGAGGUUCUUGCUCUCCUCCAUCCUUUUCUGGUUCUGGCCCUUGGAAUACUUUCCUGAGGGGACCACAGGACUGUAAAGGCCACCAACUUAUAAUGUUGCAUCCCUAGUUAUAAAAUAAUAGUUAUUUCUGAUUAUUAGAGAGCCAGUGUGGUGUAGCGGUUAAGAGCGGUAGUCUCGUAAUCUGGGGAACCGGGUUCGCGUCUCCGCUCCUCCACAUGCAGCUGCUGGGUGACCUUGGGCUAGUCACACUUCUCUGAAGUCUCUCAGCCCCGCUCACCUCACAGAGUGUUUGUUGUGGGGAAGGAAGGGAAAGGAGAAUGUUAGCCGCUUUGAGACUCCUUAAAGGGAGUGAAAGGCGGGAUAUCAAAUCCAAACUCUUCUAUUAUUUUCUAAGCUCCUGGCUGUGACCAAGGCUUUUUCUGUUGUUGUUUUGCCUCACACAGGAUCUUUACCAAGGUGGUACUUGAGGCCCCACUGAUCACGGAGAGUGCCCUGGAAGUGAUUCGGAAGUACUGCGAAGAUGAGGUGUGUCCCUAAUAAGAUAUCAGCCAGGCUUCAUCUUAGAUCUCCCUCCAUAGCCUUACAAGGUUGCAGGGAAGGAAACUCUGCUGAAGCGCCGGGGUCUGGCCAGCAUAGUAUGCUUGACACGUUUUAGGGCAAAUUAUAAAAGGCAUUCCUACCAGUAAUCCUACCCCAAACUAGAAGAAAUGCAAUGAAAGCUUCUGGGACCUACAAAAAUAGGCUGCUGGAUUGGCUAUUCUGACCUUGCCUCCUCCUUCCAACUCGCUCCUGUUUCACAAAAGCAUCCCUGCGAAGUUGUCCAAAGGUUGGCACAUAGUUAUGGCUUGUUGGAAACAGCGUGUGGGUUGUCCCCCAACCGCCCCCCCCCCCGGCCACAGUUUAAAAGUUUAAACAUUUUACACUGUUACUCUUCCCCCAAACUGACAGCCUCCCUGGGAAUGUGUUCGUUCACUCCCAUAACUGUUUGAAAACCAAGGCGCGGCUUCCUAUUGGCUGCAGGAGGUUCCUGCACUCAAUCAGAAGCUGCGAAGCUGCAUUGUACGUUAGACUUCCCAAAAACAUUUGCAAACUGGAACACUUCCGGGGUUGUGGCGUUCGGGAACUGAUUUGUGUGGGAGCCAAGCCAUUCAACAACCAAGGUACCACUGUAUACACAUGCGCACACUGCUCAAAACAUUAACUGCACAUGCUCAGAGCUUCUUUUGCAUCUCUCCUACAGAGCCGGACGUAUCUGGGCAUGUCGACGCUUCGGGACCUGAUCUUCAAGCGCCCGUCGAGGCAGUUCCAGUAUCUGCAUGUUCUCUUGGAUCUCAGCUCCCACGAGAAGGACAAGGUGAGCCUUGAGCCUGUCUCUCUGGGGCUGUGGUGUGGUCCGAGCAAUGCAGCUGAAAUAAGCUUGCAAGUCGCUCCGAACUGACCAGGGUGCCUGCAGGACUGCCUGCUCUUACACGAUCCUGCCUAGCUACUAAGAUCACCCUCAGAGGCACGGCUCUGUGUCCUCCUGCUUAUCCGAAGUAAGCUGGGUGGUGACUGGAGGGCCUUUUCAGCUGUGGCACCUUGACUUUGAAACCUCUUGAAGAGAUGGCCCGGUGGCAUCUUUAUUAUCACUUUGGUUCCUGCCGAAAAAAGAGACUGGGGUGGGGUGGGGUAAGAGGUUAAUCUAGCCCAGCAUCAUGUCCUUGUUGACAUUUCCAUUCCACCUUAAGGAACAGACAUGGGAUUGUUACGUGUCACAUGUCUGUUUACAUUCCAGCACAGUAUGCUGGGAACUUCCAUUGUGUAUAGCUUUUGCUUUUAGCUGCUGUCUCUGAGACAACAUGAGAGAGAGACGACAUGUUUUUGUCCUGAUUUAUGAUUAAUAAAUCUGUAGUUGUAGUAUGCUUCCACAAGCCUCACACCUAUUCGGUGUGCAGAAUUCGAUCUUCUGAAGUGUGCCCUGGCUCUCAAGCCCGGAUCGCUGAUUUACAUCAGAGCAGAGGCCGAUGGGUCUUCGCAGCGGGACGGCUGGAAGGAGACUACCCAGCCAGGGCUAGCCAGCUGGCCUCCCGGCCCUCUGCAUGUCGACAGUCCUCACAGUGACCACUGAGAUGCACCUGGGAAGCAUGCAAGCAGGACACCAGUGCAACAGGCCUUUUAAAUUUUGUCACAUGCUGAAUAUGUAACUGCUUGCUGUGAUUUGUUGAAUGGAUUUUACAAUGGUGUUAUGGUCAUCUGGGAGUGGACCAGUGCUGGCAAACAGAGUGUGGAUUUGGUGGUACUUUGAACCGCUUUGGGGGCAUUGUGCCCUUAGGAAAAGGCUACAUCCCUAGCUGAUCAAGGUGACUGAGAGCGUUGGUGAUGCCCGUGCAUUUUCUGUCUCCAACCCUCUUAAAAUUCUUUUGCUUUUGCUCUCCUUUUGGGGAAAUGUCUGCUCUGGAACUUGCUCACAGUGGGAACAAGAACCAAAGAACACUAGGUGCUUUCUCCGCAAAAACCUGCUCUUUACCAUUGAAUCAGAGCAAAAGGCAAUCUGCAGAAAACCCGAGUUGCUCUUUGUUCCUGUUCAGCACGAAAGAGUGGCUUUUUGCAGGGAAAGUCCCCAUGGGCAGGCAGAAAGUGUGGAAGAGCCCUUAAAAAUAAUCUCAAAUUUGAAGUUGGUUUUUAAAAAAUCCUUGGGAUUCCUGAAGCUUGCUAAUGCACUGUCAAAUGACCCAUCUUUUGCCACCCAUCUCAGGUUCGCCAGCAAGCGCUCCUAUUCAUCAAGCGGAUGUACGAGAAGGACCAGCUGCGGGAAUAUGUGGAGAAGUUUGCUCUCAAUUAUUUGCAGCUCCUGGUCCACCCCAAUCCUCCCUCUGUUCUCUUUGGCGCAGACAAAGAUACAGGUAACUGGGCCGCACCAUGUCCAGGUGUGUCUGUGAGCAGGUGGCUUGGCCAAAAAAUAAUGGUGGGGCGAAACAAUCCCCAUCGCCGCUUAGAAAGUGUCACAUGUGAAACUGCUUCCUGUAUGGAGCCUUCACUGUGAGGCAAAACAGUGCGUGUGUUCCGAACCUCUGGGAUAGUUCAGUCCGUAGAGCACGAGACCCUUGAUCUCAGGGUUGUGGGUUCAAGCCCCACGCUGGGCAAAGAUUGCUGGGGGUUGGACUAGAUGACCCUGGUGGUUCCUUCCAGCUCUACAGUUCUGUGGUUCUAUAUGUGACGGGCAAUGGCAUACGCUUUCCCCCAUGCUCAAAUGGCUUCCCAUGUAAAAGAGGCUUUUCUAGCUUCAUGGCUUUCCCUCUUUUAAGUUAAACUUAUACCACAGGAACUCCAAAAGGAGAUCUUUCCCGUUUCACAGCUCUAUUUCCCUAGUUGUGGUGAAUGGCAAGGAGCCUGUCCCUGUGGCGUCUGGCACUCUGCGUAAUCCUUGGCGCCCGGUCUCUUUCUUCCCAACCCUCUUUUUGCCUUGCAGAGGUGGCUGCUCCCUGGACAGAAGAGACCAUCAAGCAAUGCCUCUAUCUCUACUUGGCCCUCCUUCCCCAGAACCACAAACUGAUCCAUGAACUGGCGUCUGUAUACACGGAGGCCAUUGCCGACAUCAAGCGCACUGUCCUCAGGGUUAUUGAGCAGCCUGUGAGUCAGCUAGAGAGGGGUACUGGGUGGUCCACCACAGGGGCAAACGAAGGCGUCGUGACACCUGGGGCGGCAAACCACUAUGUACGGCGGCGCUAUAUACAGUGCAUGUGCUGUACGCAGCGACGCCGCACAUGCUCUGUACAUAGUGGCUUGGUGGCUGCGGCGCUCCAGCGCUGUACAGACAGUGCCGGGAUCCUCUGCUUGUGGCUGCAGCCACGAACAGAGGAUCCUCUGCGGCUAUAGCGGCAAUGGAGGGAUCCCACCGCUGUCCGUACAGCACUCGAGCAGCACCGGCGGCAAACCACUAUGUCCAGCGCAUGUGCGGCGUCGCUACGUACAGCGCAUGCGUGCGACACCGCACAUGUGCUGUACAUAGCAGUUUGCUGCCGGCGCCAGGAUCCUCUGCUCGUGGCUGCAGCCGCGAACGGAGGAUCCUCCACAUGCGGCUGUGGCGGCGCGAUGGCUUUUCACGCCGCUGCGGGGUGCCUUCUUGUCACCCCCCAGACAUGGCACCUGCCCCCCCCCCCCGUUGCGACGCCACUGGUCCACCAUCGUUCUUUAUACCGUAUUGGCCCGAAUAUGAGCCACAUCCACAAAUAAGCCACACCUUUAAAAUUUGCUGGCUUGGGAACUGCGCACAGGACGGGAGCCGUUGCCCCGCACUCCUGGGCUGCUCUCUGCGGGGGGGGGGGGGGCACUUUGCCGGUGGCCUUCCCCCCUUCAUUUGGGAGGCUUGGGAGUGGCAGGCAGGCUGGGUGCCAUUGCCCCGCGCUCCUUCCCUCCCUGUGCUCCUGGGCUGCUUUCUGGGAGAGGAGAGCGGCACCGCUUUGCCGGCGGCAUAAGGUCGCAAAUAUAAGCCGCACUUUAACUUUUCACGAUCAGAAUUUGGAAAAAAAAGAGUGUGGCUUAUAUUCGGGCCAAUACAGUAGAUGGCUCUCCUUUCCUCAUGUUCGCAUCUCCCACCCCACCCCAGAAACCAUCCUUUCGUUUAUCUUUUCCUAUCGCUUCCAGAUCCGUGGGAUGGGGAUGAAUUCCCGGGAGCUGCUCAAACUGGUUAAAAACUGCCCCAAAGGUGCAGAGACCCUGGUGACCCGCUGUCUGCACAGCCUGACGGACAAAGGUACAGUUACUUCAGCCUUUAUAUUUAGGUGCUGUCCGAUACAAAGGCCUCACAAUGGCUCAUGGCAACUUCACACAAGUAGUUGCUUCUGAUAAAUGCUGUGGAACUGGGAUAUGGGCUAUGCAAAGCUGUCCAAGCUUGAGAGCUGCUGUUCAGUCACACAAUCUAACGCGAUUUUCUCUACUUAGUUCCCCCCUCUCCAGAGCUUGUGAAGCGAGUUCGAGAUCUGUACAACAAGAGGCUGCCGGACGUCCGGUUCCUUAUCCCUGUCCUCAAUGGUUUGGAGAAGGUACUUUCUGAGGCUCAGAUGGAGGCUUGCUGAUGAUCUGCCACACUUCUCCCCCCCCACCCUCUCUCCCUGCCAGUAUUAUCUUGGUCUUGAGCCUUUUUAGUUGACAUUUUCAACAGGCAGGUUAUUUGGAAACUAGCAGCCUUGUCCUUGGCUCAGGAAUUCAAAGAACCCCCCCAAAUAAGUGCAGUUUUGAAAAGCCUAGCCUGCCAUCUGGAUUCAAUAUGGCGUGCCAUUGUAUCCAGACACAGUAGGAAAUCUGCUCCUUGAUUUUGGGAGCAGCCAUGGGAAACUGGGCACGAUAUCUCAAGAGGUGUCCAAACACAUAGCAGAAAAACAGUUUUCCUAAAAGUACAGUAGAUGAAGGAAGGACAGCCAAUACGUUGUUUAGUCGUGUCCAACUCUUCGUGACCCCAUGGACCAGAGCACGCCAGGCACUUCUGUCUUCCACUGCCUCCCGCAGUUUGGUCAGACUCAUGUUUGUAGCUUCGAGAACACUGUCCAACCAUCUCGUCCUCUGUCGUCCCCUUCUCCUUCUGCCCUCCAUCUUUCCCAACAUCAGGGGCUUUUCCAGGGAGUCUUCUCUUCUCAUGAGGUGGCCAAAGUCUUGGAGCCUCAGCUUCAGGAUCUGUCCUUCCAGUGAGCACUCAGGGCUGAUUUCCUUCAGAAUGGAUAGGUUUGAUCUUCUUGCAGUCCACAGGACUCUCAAGAGUCUCCUCCAGCACCAUAAUUCAAAAGCAUCAAUUCUUUGGCGAUCAGCCUUCUUUAUGGUCCAGCUCUCACUUCAUGUCGUAACAUGUCGGGAUUUAACGUAACACGUCGGGAUUUAAAACAGCUCUUCCUUUUUACCGAUGUGUGCACUUUAGUGAAUCCAGUGCAGACUUAAAAGUUGGUGGAACAGAAGUUGGGGAAGCGAGGAUUGUGCAAAUGAGAGAGCUUAGAGGUUUACAGUUAAGUCUCCUCCUGAUGUGGAGGAGUUAAUCCAGGGGGAAACUUCAUAAGACGUGGGGAUUGAGAAGAGGCUUAAAGGACAAGAGGGAGCCUUCUUGAGUGACAGAGAUGAGGGGAGCAGUGGGGAAGAUGGCACAAGGAUGGGAGUGCAGGAAAAGGACCCUGGAGAUUAGCAAUGGAGGAGACAGCUUCUGUGUGCUCUCUAGCGAUUUGCAGGAAGGAUUCCAUGUCCCCGCUGCUUCCAUUAAGUAUCCCUGAGUAUGCCCCUUCUGUUUGUGGUGCCUCAUACCCUAUGGGGGCUCUCUCCUCUGGGGGUGUGGUCAAGCGUCAUGUGCAUUCUUGCAUUUCCUUUCCAGAAAGAGGUGAUUCAGGCCCUGCCGAAGCUCAUCAAGCUGAAUCCCAUUGUUGUGAAGGAGGUUUUCAACCGCCUGUUGGGAACGCAACACGGUAGGGAUCCUGGCCACACGGGGACCUUGAGUUUUCUGUGGCUUCUGGCGGGUCUGCUCAAAAGGGUGUCCCGAGGCUGUGGGGAGAGAGGUUUGCUCAGUUUGGAAGGGAUCAGCGGACUCGCUGGCUUUACUGUCUGCUCCGUCAAUGGCUGAUCUCUUCAUUGACAUCGAUUCCGACAGGUGAAGGCAACUCGGCAGUUUCUCCUCUGAAUCCUGGGGAGUUGUUGAUUGCCCUCCACAACAUCGACUCCACCAAGUGCGACAUGAAGUCCAUCAUCAAAGGUAAGGGAGAAUUCAGUUGCUUGUUUAGAAUCCUCCUAGCAUUUCUCCCGUUCUCUGUGUUCAAUAUUUUGGGCUGCCAUGGCUGCAAAAAAACACCCCACCCUUUCAAGACACAUAGGUUAAAUUUCCCCAUUACAUUUUUCCAUUCACGAAAUUACAGUGGUACCUCUGGAACGGAUCCCGUUCGCAACCUGAAAAGAACGCAACCCGCGUCUGCGCGCGCGCGGGUUGCAAUUCACCACUUCUGCGCAUGUGCAUGAUGUCAUUUUCUGCGCAUGCACGAGUGGCGAAAUCCCAGUAGUAACCCUUUCCGGUACUUCCGGGUCGCCGUGGGACGCAACCUGAAAAUGCACAACCUGAAGCAAACGUAACAUGAAGUAUGACUGUACAUCCAUAAAGGAAAUUCAUACACUUGAACUGGCUGCGAGUGCUGGAGUUUAUUUAGUAUCCCAAUCCUGUACAGUGGUACCUCCGAUUUCAGAGGUCUGGUCGCAUCCCGAGGAAGGUGCUGCUUCUGCACAUGCACGUGCGGCGAAACCUGGAAAAAUACUUCAGGGAUUGCCACAUUUGCGUCCUGAAAGAUACGCAACCAGAGGUGUACAUAUCUAGAGGUACCACUGUACAUCUGUUUGGAAGCAUGGAGUCCUGCUUCUCCCCCUAAGCAGAUGUGGGGAACCUUUGGUCCUCUAGAUGUUGCUGAACUAUAACUCCCAUUUCUUGCUUGCUGGGGCUCAUGGGAAUUAUGGUUCAGCAACACCUGCAGAGCCAAAGGCUUCCCCACUCCUGCCGUAAAAGAAGGGGCAGCUUCUGACCUCUGGUGUUCCCCUGUCCCUGUUACCUUGUGGCAGCUGCUCUGAAUUUUCAGCAGCAGCAGCUGAUCUUCUCCAUUUCCCUGCUUGCAGCCACCAACAUGUGCUUUGCUGAGCGCAACGUGUACACCUCUGAGGUGCUGGCCGUGGUGAUGCAGCAGCUCAUGGAGCAAAACCCGCUGCCCAUGCUCCUUAUGCGGACCGUGAUCCAGUCACUGACGAUGUACCCACGCCUGGGCGGCUUCGUCAUGAACAUCCUCUCCCGACUCAUCUUGAAGCAGGUGAGAAGUGUCAGGAGCUCAGUCUACACUCGAGUAGGACCCUGGCAGAGACACAUGUCCGACUGGCAUGUUCUCUCCCUCCUGGUCGAUCAUUCGGGAGCUUCAAAAGCUUUCUUCUGCCCGAACAUCACAGCGACCGAUGCCAACCGACACCGGCACACUUGGGGAUCUGCAGAGUUUGCGCAUCUCGCUUAACAGACCUCAGCAACUCAGCAUUUGGGCUAAUCUAUUUACAUAAUAGUUAAACCACAGAGCCUAGGACUUGCCGAUCAGAAGGUCAGCGGUUCGAAUACCCGCGACGGGGUGAGCUCCCGUUGCUCGGUCCCUGCUCCUGCCAGCCUAGCAGUUCGAAAGCACGUCAAAGUGCAAGUAGAUAAAUAGGUACCGCUCCGGCGGGAAGGUAAACAGCGAUUCCGUGUGCUGCUCUGGUUUGCCAGAAGCGGCUUAGUCAUGCUGACCACAUGACCCGGAAGCUGUACGCUGGCUCCCUCGGCCAAUAAAGCGAGAUGAGCGCCGCAACCCUAGAGUCGUCCACGACUGAACCUAAUGGUCAGGGGUCCCUUUACCUUAUUUACAUAUAAACACACACAGAGCACUGCAACAUGGUUCCCUCUCUCUCUAGCAUCAGACAGCAAAGAGAGAAAGAACAAAGGACCAUAGUCCCACUUCACGGAACACAGUAACACAAACAUCCUGUCUCUGUCACUUCCCACUCUGUGGAGUCAAAACAUAUGCCAUCAUGUGAAAGACAACAAUCCCAUGACUGCAAUCAUGGAGCGGGAAUUCUAACAAGAAGGACGUGGGAGAGACCUGCCUUUGUCCUCUGCAGCCAGGGUCCCGUUGUCCUUUGCCUCUUGCACUCAUUGCUGCCGAGGGCAGCACUUCUGGGCAACGCGGCCACCCUUCUAAGGGGACUGCUUCAGCGGAUUCACUCUGUUGGGGACAGAGGGAGGUCUCUUACUGCGUGGCGACUCUUCGCCAUCCCGCAAAACCAAAAAUAUCUCCCGAGGGUGGGCGGAACAGCCCAGCACACAAGAUACUGUAAGAAGAAGGCCAAUGGCCUGUCAAGUCCGGCAUCCUGUUUUCGCAGUGGUCAGAUAGAUGCCUAUUGGAAAGCCACAAGCGGGAUCCAAGAACAGGAUCCCCUCCUGCGGCUUCUUUGUUGUUUAGUCAUUUAGUUGUGUCUGACUCUUUGUGACCCCAUGGACCCGAGCACACCAGGCACUCCUGUCUUCCACUGCCUCCCACUGUCAAACUCAUGUUUUUAGCUUCGAGAACACUGUCCAGCCAUCUCGUCCUCUGUUGUCCCCUUCUCCUUGUGCCCUCCACCUUUACCAGCAUCAGGGUCUUUUCCAGGGAGUCUUCUCUUCUCAUGAAGUGACCAAAGUCUUGGAGCCUCAGCUUCAGGAUCUGUCCUUCCAGUGAGCACUCAGGGCUGAUUUCCUUCAGAAUGGAGAGGUUUGAUCUUCUUGCAGUCCAUGGGACUCUCAAGAGUCUCCUCCAGCACCAGAAUUCAUAAUGUGGCUUCUAGCAACUGGUAUUCAGAAGCAUUGCUGCCUCUGAGCCUUGUGGCUAGUAGCCAUUGUUAGCCAUUGUUCAGUACUCUUCUAAAGCGACCCAGGUUGGUAGCUAUCACUGCCUCCUGUGGGAGGGAGUUCCAUAGAUUAACUGCGGUACAUGAAUAAUCAUGGGACAUGGGUGGUGCUGUGAGUUAAACCACAGGGCCUGGGACUUGCAAAUCAGAAGGUCAGCGGUUCGAAUCCCCACGACGGGGUGAGCUCCCGUUGCUCAGUCCCUGCUCCUGCCAACCUAGCAGUUCGAAAGCAUGUCAAAGUGCAAGUAGAUAAAUAGGUACCGCUCUGGUGGGAAGGUAAACGGCAUUUCCAUGCGCUGCUCUGGUUCGCCAGAAGCGGCUUAGUCAUGCUGGCCACAUGACCUGGAAGCUGUAUGCCUGCUCCUUCAGCCAAUAAAGCGAGAUGAGCGCCGCAACCCCAGAGUCGCCCACGACUGGACCUAACGGUCAGGGGUCCCUUUACCUUUUUAUGAAUAAUAAUAGUAAUAGUAGUAGUAGUAGUAAUAAUUUAUUAUUUAUACUCCGCCCAUCUGGGUGGCUUCCAACCAAACAAUACACACACAAUACAGCAAUAAACAUUAAAAACUUCCCUAAACUAAGAGCUUUCUUUUGUCAGUCCUGAAUCUUCCACCGUUCAGCUUCAUAGCAUGUCCAUGAGUUCUAGUGUUAUAAGAGGGAGAAAAACUUGAGUAGCAAAGGACACUGCUAUAGAUGGCUUUUUUAAAAGAUUGGACAGACUCAUGCAGCGUAGGCCUGUGGGUGCCCACGAUGAUGGCACGAUAGAGAAAUGCAACCUCUGUGUACAGGUGCCUCCUAUACCUCUGCAUACUGGUUGGCCUAUAGGGGAAAUCCAGUGCUUUCAUGCCUGGCUUGUGACCCGUCCAGAGGCAUCUGGCUGGUGGCCAGUUCAGCCUGAUGAACCUUAGGCCACUGGGGCGAGACACAGAGCAGGUUCUGGCUGCUGGUGCCGCAUUUUAACUCUUCCCCUUCCUCCCCCAGGUGUGGAAGUACCCCAAGGUCUGGGAGGGCUUCAUCAAGUGCUGCCAGCGGACCAAGCCCCAGUCCUUCCAAGUCAUCCUCCAGUUGCCUCCUCAGCAGCUCACCGCCGUCUUCGAGAAGUGCCCAGAGCUGCGGGAGCCUCUGCUGGCCCAUGUCCGCUCCUUCACCCCACAUCAGGUACUGCCCCAAACAAAGCUGCAGUUGCAGAGCAGAUGGUCCUGCAGCGAGGUGGGGGAGAGGUUAUUCGAGUCAAAACAAAAUUCAGGGUGCCUUUUUAAAUCAAGGUUCGAAGUUUGAAGGGCAUUGUUUAAAGCGGAGCUUUCCAAACUUUUCAGGUUGCUGACACACUUUUUAGACACGCCUCAUUUUGUGACAUAUUCAGAUUUACUAGCAAAUCGCAGUUACAGGUAGGUAGCCGUGUUGGUCUGCCGUAGUCGGAACAAAAUAAAAAAAAUUUAAAAAUCCUUCCAGUAGCACCUUAGAGACCAACUAAGUUGGUUAUUGGUAUGAGCUUUCGUGUGCAUGCACACAAUCUCUGAAGAAGUGUGCAUGCACAUGAAAGCUCAUACCAAUAACAAACGUAGUUGGUCUCUAAGGUGCUGCUGGUAGAAAAUUGGAGGUUAAACUAACCCCUUUCCAGCCCCAGGAGGAGCACGGGGAGCGUUCGCGUGACACACUGCAGCCAACACAUUAAUGUGUCACGACACACAGUUUGGAAAGCUCUGGUUUAAAGAAUCCUAAGAGGUAACUUGUUGGUUCAUUUUACUGUAUUGUAUUCCUAUCCCAUUUUUAGCUAGGAUUGGCUCCCAAAGCAGCCCACAAUUAAAAACCCACUGAAAGGCAUGAUAUAUUAAGAUACACAGACAUUUAUUACAGUCUUUUGGUUCCUGCUCCUUGUCUGUGCUGGGCUCUUCCCUGGACAGGCACUGCUGAAGACAAAGAUCCCACACAUGCAGACCUUUCCUAUCUAAAUCAGGGCUGGGGAGCCUGUGCCCCCCCCCAGAUGUUGUUGGACUACCACUCCCAUCAUCCCAGACCAUUGGGCACCCUGGCUGGAGUUGAAGGGAGCUGGUGUCAGAAAGGGAGGGGCUCCCCAGCCCUGGUCUAAAGUGUGGGGCAUGGCAGAGCUAGAAGUCCUACUUGAAACUCAGUCCUUACAGCGGAGGUUGGGACAGGUCAGAAGACACAAGAAAACCCAGUACUACAUCAGUAAUACUCACAUGCACGCAUCUCCAGUCCAGAACAGUAAUUUUAAAUAAGACCACAAAGUCUAAAACAGGUUUUCUUGCAAAACGUACUAAUGAACUUCUGUUCAACCAACCCAGUAGGAUUUUAACCAAGAUAGGAUAUGUGUGAAAGUAUCAGAGAGAAUACUGUUUGAGAGAAUACUUUCAAAUGCAAUGAUUGGCGCACGUCUGGAUGAGGCACCCCCCCUCUGCUUUUUUCCACCAGCAAGCUCAUGUUCCCAAUUCCACCAUGGCCAUCCUAGAAGCCAGCAACAAGCAAGACAUUGAAGGGAAGGAGUUGCAGCCUCUGGAGGAGGCGAGGGGCUCAGCCCCACCCAGGACCAAGGAGCUGAGAAGAGAGAAAGAGGUCAGAGCACACGGUGGGCAGGGAGUGGGCGGCGUUCAUAGCGUUGAACAAAUGCGGGUUUUGCCAAGUUACAUUAACAUGCAUAGUGAGCAUUCAGUGUGUUGGGAACGCCAGAAACGGAGGGUGGGGAGAAGGCAACUGUGAAGGACAAUUCAUCUGCCAUUGGAUUUCUGUUUCUGUGACCUUCACAGUGAACCUUGGCAGUCGGUCCCACUGUGUUCAGUAGGACUUACGCUCCUAUGUGAACAUAUAUAGGAGCGCAGCUUGAGUGGUUGAUGGUAGGAGGAGCAAAGCACUGUGGAGAGACUCAAAAGGGCCUUGGAGGGUAGAGAGAACCAUUUCAGUGAUGUCCAGUCAGAGUUUGCAAAUGGGAGCAAGUCAGAGUUUGCAAAUGGGAGCAGAAGGGCAAUGGUUUUUAUUUUUGCAAGCCUGCAGCACUGCAGAUACGUGAUCGCAAUGUUUGGAGACAGCGCAGCUUAGCCCGAACUUGGAGACCUUGAUGCAAACAAGUUUUGCGUAAAGGUAAAGGGGCCCCUGACCAUUAGGUCCAGUCAUGACCAACUCUGGGGUUGCAGCGCUCAUCUCGCUUUAUUGGCCGAGGGAGCCGGCAUACAGCUUCCGAAUCAUGUGGCAAGCAUGACUAAGCCGCUUCUGGCGAACCAGAGCAGCGCACGGAAACGCCGUUUACCUUCCCGCCGGAGCGGUACCUAUUUAUCUACUUGCUCUACCUGCUUUCGAACGGCUAGGUUGGCAGGAGCAGGGACCGAGCAACAGGAGCUCACCACGUGGCGGGGAUUCGAACCGCCGACCUUCUGAUUGGCAAGUCCUAGGCUUUGUGGUUCAACCCACAGCGCCACCUGCGUCCCUAAGUUUUGCGUAGUGUUCUUUUAUUUCUGCAUGUUUGGGAACACUUUCACAGAAGGGAAGCCAGGCUACCUUGCUUCCCUGUGUUAGACAUAGAAAUAGAGGCCCAGCGUGGGGAGGGAGGGAUUCACCACAGAACAGUGUUGGGAAUUGGGACCCAGUGCCAGGAGCAUGGUGCGCUCAUUCCCCCCCCCCCAAACUAGAAAGGGGUUUGAAAAAGGAGUGGACACUUUGCAGGGCCUAACGCAGCUCAAUGCCAAUCCUAGGAAGAAAUGGAGCCUCAGCCCCUCCUGCCUCGCGUGUCCCAGGAUAUGAUUGCCCUGCGCUUGGCGCAGGAGAAGGCCCUCAAGCGCCAGCUGGAGGAGGAGCAGAAACUGAAGCAGCAGCAGCAGCCUCCCCGCCCGGCAGCCCCCCAGACCCCACUCCCUUCCGAGGAAUCUGUGGACUUGCAGGAGGAGGUGCCUGAAGCGGAGACUCCCACCAUCUUCAUCAGCAUGCAGGAGGAAGACGAGAGCUUUGGAGGAGACAGCUCCCAGCUGGAUUCCAGCUUAGAGGGCCCCUGGCCACCCAAGGUACCGCAACUUUUUUUUUUUGCUUGUCAGUGGAAGUGGCCAUCAAACCUCCUGUAGUUCCACCUAUGAAAGCACCUCGGUUGUGUCUUGGAUUUCUGUCAUUCCCUGCCGAGAGGAUUAUAGAUGCAGCGCAAGCCGCCGAAACCGUAUCUGGUUCAGGCAGGCAUUCACUUGAAAGCCGGAUUAAUUUCCGAAGACAGCAGUCUUUGACACAAGUGAUGUUGAGCUUCUCUGCCUUUCGAGUUCUGAGAGGAGCCACAUUCACACUGAGCUUCUGCACACUGAUGGUUGUUUCUUGGUCUCUUCCCCAGGAGCUGCAGAGCAAGGAAGGAGCAGCCAGCAGCAGUAGUAGUAGCAGCAGCAGCAGCAGCAGUAGUAGCAGCAGCAGCGGCAGUUCAGAUGAGGGAUCCUCAAGCAAGCCACCCACAGCCAAGCAAGCCACCCUCUCCCUCGAGGAAGAGGAGCCGGCCACAGAUGGUGGGGCACCACCUCCUGCCCCUUCCGCUGCUCUGGCUGCAAACUCUCCCAGCCCAGCGGAGGAGCUGCCAGAGCCCGUUGUGGAGCAAGAGGAAAAAGCAGACAGCUGAUGAUUCAGGAAAAGAAGAUUGGGGGGAAAGGGGUUAACUGGGGAAGGAACCAGAAAAAUAAGAAUAAAGUGGAUUAGAUUUCUAAAUAAAGAAUCUCGGGUCUCAACUGCUUUUCUGUCUGUACUGGAAUUUUUUUUUAUCCUGCUUGCGUAAAGUGGGGUGGCGUAGUUCUUAAUUAUAAAAGAGAUAAUCUGUUAGUUGGGUAAACACAACUGAUGCUAUAUGUAAAUUGCCUUGAAUUUCAUGUGCCUUGGAGGUAGUAAAUAUGGUUGGUUUUUUGGGUGAGGCUGAGGAGGAGGAGGAGGAGGAGGAGGAGGAGGAAGGAGAUGGCUUAGAAAAGCUUGGUGCUGUCAAACAUUUUUUAUUGACAGGUAGGUAGCCAUGUUGGUCUGCCGUAGUUGAAACAAAAUAAAAAAAUUCCUUCCAGUAGCACCUUAGAGACCAACUAAAUUUGUCUCAUACCAGUAACAAACUUAGUUGGUUUCUAAGGUGCUACUGGAAGAAAAAAAAAAUUAAUUGAAUUUAUAUACUGCCCUAUACCCGGAGGUCUCAGGGUGGUUCACAAAACAUAAAACCACAAAUUAUAUAAUCAAAAUAAAAGAAGCAUCCCAAUAACCCCACCCCAGCCUUAAAAAACCACAUUUUUAAAGGGCAUUGUAUAUAAAUCAGAUCAAACGCCUGGUUAAAAAGGAAUGUUUUUGCCUGGCGCCUAAAAGUGUAUACAGUGGUACCUCGGGUUAAGAACUUAAUUUGUUCCGGAGGUUCGUUCUUAACCUGAAACUGUUCUUAACCUGAAGCACCACUUCAGGUAAUGGGGCCUCCUGCUACCGCUUCACCGCCGGAGCCCGAUUUCUGUUCUUAUCCUGAAUCAAAGUUCUUAACCUAAAACACUAGUUCUGGGUUAGUGGAGUCUGUAACCUGGAGCGUAUGUAACCCGAGGUAAAACUGUAAUGGAAAGUGCCAGGUGAAGCUCCCUGGGGAGAGCAUUGCACAGACAGGGGGCCACUGCAGAGAAGGCCCUUGCGUUGCCACCCUGAGGUUCCCCACUUCCGAAAGCCCCCUGCCCUCCAUCCUCUCUGCUCCCCAGGCAGGCCUGUUAAGCGCAGGCCCCGUUGCUAAGGCCCGCAUCCUCCCUGGGUUGCUAAGGGCCUCGCCCUCUCCCCCAAGCCCCGCCCCCGCCCAAGGCGGCCGCCGUUCCUGCGAGGCGGGGCUCCCCCGUCGCCCAGCAACCUCCCUUCCGCCCGCCCCCCUCCGGCGUUGCCAAGGCGCCGCGGCGCAGCUUCCGGGCGCGGCGAGGUGAGCCGCGGGUCGCGACUUCCGGCAGGCAGGCAGGCAGGCAGGAGGAGGAGGAGGCGGCGGCCGCGGCCCGGCGGGAAGAUGGCGGCGGCGCUGGCUCCCCGGCCCCAGCCGCGGCGGCGGCAGCGCCGGUCCCCGACGGAGGCCCGUCCCCGCCGCAGCCGCCGCACGAGAUCAAGAGCCAGUUCCGCACCCGAGAGGGCUCCUACCGGCUGCUGGGGGCGCCCGAGCCCCGCGCCAGGCCCACCCCGCCCGCCGCCCCCGCCUCGGCCAACGCCGCCCCGCCGCCCCCGCCGCCCGCCGGGGUGCCCGUCGGAGCCCCCGCGCCGCCCGCCCCUCGCUGCCCCCCGUGCGCCUCUCGCUGGUGCGCCUCAGCCCGGCCUCGGGGGGCGCAGGGGGAGGAGGCGGCGGCGGCGGCGACCCGUGCGGGGAGGGGGACCCGGGGGGCCUGGCCGCCGAGCGCAGCCGCGUCUGCUUCAACCUGGGCCGGGAGCUGUACUUCUACUCGGGCUCCGGGGGCGCGCCGGGGCGGGGACGCAGGGUGAGCGCCCGCCGAGGUGGGGUGGGGGGUGGGGGGAGGUCAGAGGGAGGGGGGCGAUGGGUGGGGUGGGGCUGGCCCAGGUGAGGAGCGGGAGGAAGUGGGGGUGCGCAGGUAUGCAGAAGAGGGAGGUUUAGGGUGUGGUUGGUGGGGGGGGUAGGACCAGAGAAGAUGGAGACAGUUUGAGAGUUGUUGUAGCUACCACGAGGGUCUUCUAGUCCAACCCCUUGCAAUGCAAGGAUCUUUUGGGACCUGAACCCACAGCUCUGGGAUUGAGAGCCUCCACCAGCAGAGCUGUCCCAGUAUUGGGGUGUUCUGUGCGUGUGUUUUGUAGCCAAGCCGAGGGAAGGGCGUGCAAGGAGGAGGAUGUUGAAAGGGCAACUGAGGGUGCGGGGAGGGAAGGAGCAGCCAGGUUGCCGGGAGAUGGGCAGAAGCAGGUGGGAAGGCAUUGGGGUGAUGUGGAAGAGGAGGCUACAGUGGCAGGAGAACCGGGCUCAGAAAUGGCCAGGGGUUGGUAAGGAAAUGGGCUGGUCGGUGGCUGAUCUCAGAAGCCGGAGGAGUGUGGAUCCGAUUCUUCGCAAGAGGGAGAAUCGGUUGCUUGCAGAGGUAUUUGCCGGUCCCGAUGGCGAGGGAAAGCAGGAAAGCUAAUGCAAAAUGACAAAAGGGAUGCUGUUGCUUAACUUGGAGCUGUGGUCUCCUGUGGCAACUGAGAAUCGCUUCAGCGUAACCAGGCAGGAGAGCUUAAUAAAGGCUCCUUCCCACCAGCAGCUGUUAGACCACAAAGUGGUCAGUGUGGGGCGAGUGACUUUGCAAAGUUGAUGCAGGUAGCCGAUACGAAAUGGGUGGAGAACGGCAGUUGCUGAAAGGCCAAGAAAUGUGGGGUUGGUGCCUGUCUCCAUAGAGGCCUCGUGCUCUGAGGUCAUUUCUGUGCUCCACACACAGCUGUAGGCACUCCCUGUGUUUCUCUUAUGCAAAGUGAAGGAAGUGUCGGCAGGUGGCUUUGCCAUCUCUUGCUUCCAUGUCAGAUUCCCUUCCAGUGCUUGAUUCCUGCAGUCUAACUUCCCACCCAUUCUAUUUUUGUUGGCUUUCCAGUCUAUCGACCUGAAGAAGCCCAUUGACAAGCGGAUCUAUAAGGGGACGCAGCCCACUUGCCACGACUUCAACCAGUUCACAGCUGCUUCCGAAAGCAUCUCGCUGCUGGUUGGCUUUUCGGCUGGGCAAGUGCAGUACUUGGAUCUCAUCAAGAAGGAUACUAGUAAGCUCUUCAACGAGGAGGUGAGUCCAAAGUGUUCUGCAGAAGCAGUGACUUAGAGUCGAUACAGAUCAAUUGGAGUCUCUUAUUUCAUUCCUCCCAGGUCAAUGGGCUUGGGUUAGGGCCUCUGUUUAAAUGUCGCUCUUCCCUUAAUUGCUGCUGUUAAUUGCUUAUAACGUGUAGGGCUACAAGUUUUAGUUGGCUUAAACAAUCAAAGUGUGGUUUAAUGUGACUGCUUGUCGAUUGUAUUCUUAAGUCGCCCUGAGAGAUUUUUCAGAACGGCAGCUGGGAAAUGUUGCCAGUUCGUAGCCAUAGAGCUGUGCCCCAGAAACGAUGCCUUGGAAAAAGAAGUACUUCAAGCCAAAGUUGGCACAGGAGUUUGGCCCAAGGCUAGUUCUGAAUGUGCUGUUUAGUGCACGGUAGCUCUGCAGAACCUUUUGUUGACUCUCCCUGGCCUGUGCUGAUGAUCUCUGCCUAGAGAUCACUAAGGGCAGUUAAUAGACUCGUUCCUGGUAAAUAUUUUAUAGUGAGAGUGUGGUGCACAUUUGUGGGCCUGUUCCCAGCAAGUUCAAGCAUGGAGGGCUGCACUGAAUGGCUGGGGGAACUCCAUGGGCCCUCUCAACUCACCUUUCUCCUUGCCUCCCACCCGACAGAGGCUGAUUGACAAGACAAAGGUCACCUUUGUGAAGUGGAUCCCCGAGACAGAGAGCCUCUUCCUGGCUUCCCACGCCAGCGGCCACCUGUACCUGUACAAUGUGGAGCACCCCUGCGGCUCAGCCUCGCCCCAGUACACCCUCCUCAAGCAGGGCGAGGGUUUCACGGUCUACGCCUGCAAGAGCAAGAGCGCCCGCAACCCGCUGCUGAAGUGGGCGGUGGGCGAAGGAGCGCUGAACGAGUUUGCCUUCUCGCCCGACGGCCGCUACCUGGCCUGCGUCAGCCAAGACGGCUGCCUCCGCGUCUUCCACUUCGAUUCCAUGCUCCUGCAGGGGAUGAUGAAGAGCUAUUUUGGGGGGCUGCUGUGCGUCUGCUGGAGCCCCGACGGGCGCUACAUCGUGACGGGCGGCGAGGACGACCUGGUGACGGUCUGGUCCUUUGCCGAGGGCCGGGUCAUUGCCAGGGGCCACGGCCACAAGUCGUGGGUCAACGCGGUGGCCUUUGACCCCUUCACCACCAGCACGGAGGACGACGAGAGCGGCGAGUUCAGCGGCAGCGACGAGGACAUCCAGGACUCUGCCAAUUUCUGCAGGGUGCGGACCAGCAGCACGUUGUCCCACCUCUCUAAGCACAGCACCAAAAGCACCCCGACGGUGACUUACCGGUUUGGGUCGGCCGGCCAGGACACCCAGUUCUGCCUUUGGGACCUGACGGAGGACGUCCUGUACCCCCACCACCCGCUCUCCCGGGCCCGAACGCUCACCAACACCUUCAGCGCCGGCAUCCCCCCCUCGGGGAGCGGCGGGAGCAACCUGGCGGCCGAGGCCGGCGGGGGGGCCCUUCCCCGCUCGCUGUCCCGCUCCAACAGCCUGCCACACCCAGCCGUCACCAGCGCCGCCAAGAGCCACGUGGCGGACGGCGCAGUGCCCUUCAGCAUCGGGAAGUUCGCCACGCUCACCCUGCAGGAGCGGAAGGACAAGAACGCCGAAAAGGAGCACAAGCGCUACCACAGCUUGGGCAACAUCAGCAAGAGCAACGACAAGCUCAACGUGGUCCCCCGGAGCAAGCUGGACACGGCCAAGGUCCUGGGCACGGCGCUGUGCCCCCGCAUCAACGAAGUGCCCCUCCUGGAGCCCCUCGUCUGCAAGAAGAUUGCCCACGAGCGGCUGACGGUGCUCCUCUUCCUGGAGGACUGCAUCAUCACCGCCUGCCAGGAGGGCCUCAUCUGCACGUGGGCCAGGCCAGGGAAGGCGGUGAGUGGGGCAGCCCCUUGUCGCUGGCAGGAGGGCUUCAGAGCUUGGGUUGCCCUAGGAAGGGGCAAUUUCUGAUCUAGGGGGAAGCAGUCCUGGGAAAGGGGCAUGGCUCACGGUAGGGCGUGCGACCAGCAGGCUGGUUCAGUCCUGGCAAAGCAGAAAAGCACACAAAGAACUCUGGCCAAUAUAAAUUUCAAUAGUGGGAGUGGUCCCUCUUCGCAAAUCAAGAGUCAAUUAUAACAAAAACUGAUGCCUUCAAAAGUAUGUAUUCUGACAAGGAUUACAAACUCAAACAAGAGAUUACAAACUGAUACGUGUGACACAAUAAUUCGUUACAGUGUUAGAGAUAAAAGUUUACGAGUAGAGAUAAGUUCAUGUUAGUCCAUAGUCAGAUUGACCACUCCCACUAUUGGAAUUUAUAUUGGCCAGAGUUCUUUGUGUGCUUUUUUCUUGGUAUAUUUAGUAACAAGAACUCCAAUUUAUUUAACGUUGGUUCAGUCCUGGCAGCAUCUGCUGGGAAAGGCUCUGGCCUGGGACCCUGGAGAACUGCUGGUCACCAGGAGGAGAUAACAGCGAGUGGGACAGAUCUAGAGGAGGGCAGGCCAACUUUUCACACCAAGUGGGCCACAAGAGUACUUCAACAUGGAACCUGUGGGCUGCUCACUGCUUUGUCGCAUGUGGAGGAGAGGCCAAAAAAGUUUUUUUUGGGGGGGGGGAACGGGGACCCACAGCCUUCAUGCUGCUAAUCAUGGCACUGGGCUUUGGGAAAGAGAGACGAGGCUGUUCCCGCUUCCUUCCCAAAGCUGGAAAAGCACCAACUAGGCCAUCCUUUCAUCCUGUGGGUCCCCAGAUGAUGUUGAACUACAGCUCCCAUCACCCCUAGCUAGCAAGGCCAGAGCUCCAGGAUGAUGGGAGUUGUAGUCCAACAACAUCUGGGGACCCACAGGUUGAGAACCGCUGAACUAGGCUUUGGGAAGCAGGAUGGAGGGCUCUAGGACCCUGUCAGAGCCCUCAUGCCUCCUUCCCAAAGCCCAGAGCUUCAGUUACUCGGAUUCCGGAAGGCUGCAGGGGACGGCUGCAUGUUAGACCGCCCUGGAAGAACGAAAUGUUCUCAGCAGAAUGUCGGCUUGGCUUCCAUUAGCUUGAUCAGCAGGGAUCUCCCGAGCUCGCAGGACUCUUCAUCCCGGUGUUGUGCUUCCCUGUGCCCGUUUCCUCUUGGUUCCUUCAUCCUUUCGCAUCGGUUGCGAAGGAUGUCCCUGAGUCCAGCAGCCCAGGCGGUAUCCCGCGAAUCCGCCCUGGUUUAUCCCCCAGAGCCGCAAAUCCAGAACGUAAGCAGGGCGUUGCUGCUCGUGUGGUGUGGCACCUCCGAUGGCGCAGGCCAUUAAGCCAAACCACAGGCUAGGAGGAGAGAGAGUGGCUUGGGGGAGCCCUGCCCAGCCCUGGCCCCAAACACUGCAGUGGUGAAAUGCUUCAUCAGUGAUGAAGCAAAAUCUAUCCACCAAACCAGCCGAACGCUUCAUUCCUUGUUGAAGCCCGGGCACAAAUACGGAAGAUCAGCUUAGUGGAGGCCCAGGAGAACAACCCAGGCGGGAGCUACAUUGCGUGCUCUCAGAACGCCAUCGAGAGAGAUGAGGUGGUCUCAUUUUUUGUCUACUGCUUUCAUAUUCCACCUUUUCCUCCAAGGAGCGGAAGGCGGCGUUCGUGGCUCUCUUCCCCACCCUGCCUAGUCUCGUCCUCACGACAACCCUGCGAGGUGGGCUGGGCUUAAGAGAUAGUGGCUGGCCCCCGGGGUCGCCCAGUGCGAAGUCCCUGUCUGAGUGGGGAUUUGGGUCCUGGCCAGACACUCUUUUAAGCACUGCAACGCACAAAAAGCGGAGCGACACUGCUGUGAAACGGCUUUGGGUGGAGUUAAGAGGCCAAGAUCCGGGAGGGCAAGUGAGAGGGUCUCUUCUCCCUGAUUUCACUGGGGAGCCAAUCCCAGCCAGCCAUUAAACAGCCUCCUGAAGCGAGUGAGAAUUCUCUCAGUGCUUCCGGCCUACUGCACAAUUCCUCACCCCCCACCCCCCACAACAGAUGCUACCAUUUCCCAAUACUGUUUGCUCCAGUCUAGUUGGAGAAAACCCAGCGCUGGGCCUUCAGGGCAGCGACUGAUGCCUGCCUGCUUGCCUGCCUCUCCCUCUUUCCCUCCUGACUUUAAUUAUGAGUGGGCAGACAGGCAGGUGCCUGCUUUCUCCAGCUGGGAAAGCAAAGGACCAGUCCAGGCAUAAGGCAGCAGCAAAGCUUAAGAGCUUCUGAGGAGACCUGGCUUGCUUCUUGGGGGCAACGCAGAGGCGGGCUCUGUCAGUGGUGGCCCUUUGAAACACCCUCCCCGGGUGGCCCGAGAGGCAGGGACAGUAACCUGAUUUAAACUCCCCUGGAAGCAGGUGUAGCUCUGCAGACGUUGUUGGACUACAACUCCCAUCAUCCCUGAUCCCUGGCCAUGCUGCACGUGGGAGUAUGUGGAGGGCCCCUGUCUUAAAGACAUGCAUUCUUACCCAAGCUUUCAGGAGCCUGAUACUUAAUUCUUAAACCUUCUUUUCCUUUUCUUUGCUCAUUUUUUCUGUAAUAAUUAGUUAAAUAUAUAUAUUUAUUUACCUUUAUAUAUAAUAUAAUAUAAUAUAAUAUAAUAUAAUAUAAUAUAAUAUAAUAUAAUAUAAUAUAAAAUAUAUUAACCACAGAGCCGAGGAUGUGCCGAUCAGAAGGUUGGCGGUUCGAAUCCCCACAACGGGGUGAGCUCCUGUUGCUCGGUCCCUGCUCCUGCCAACCUAGCAGUUUGAAAGCACGUCAAAGUGCAAGUAGAUAAAUAGGUACCGCUCCAGCGGGAAGGUAAACGGCGUUUCCGUGCACUGCUCUGGUUCGCCAGAAGCGGCUUAGUCAUGCUGGCCAUGACCCGGAAGCUGUCUGUGGACAAACGCUGGCUCCCUCGGCCUAUAGAGCGAGUUGAGCACUGCAACCCCAGAGUUGGUCACGACUGGACCUAAUGGUCAGGAGUCCCUUUACCUUUACCUUAUUUACCUUCAGAAGGCAUGUAUUAGAUGGCUUUAGUUUUAAUCCCCCGUUAUUUUAAAUAAACUGCUUGGAGAUUUAUUUUUAUUUUUACUAAGCAGUAUAUAAACUGUAUACCUAAAAGUUCCAAACCGCCCUGCACUUAGAAAAGUAGCAUCUCAGGGAGAAGGAGCCCAGCAGCCCUUCCUGACCUGCUAUUUUUCUUCUCGGCACUUAAAACUCUUCUCUCCCCCACCCUGUUUCCUUUUCAGACCCUGAACUCCCAGAACGGCGGCUCUCCCAGCGGCACGGUGGUAUAACCGGGCGGCGCCCCCCCCUCCUUUGGCUGACCUCCUCUUCACAGGCGUCUGUGACUCUUUGCCCUGCCAGGGCCCCUUGGCCAAGAUGGCGAAGCUCUCCGCCUCUCCAGCAGCUUCUGAGUAUGUACAGGUUAUCCCCUUCCUCCUUCGCCUGUGACACUUAACUGUAUGGAAAAAGAGAGAGAGAGACUAACAGAGUUAAUAUAUUGAGACCUAUGUAGCACAGGACCCUUUGCACUUCUUCUCAGCUAUUUAAAGAAAAAAAAAAGUAUUAAUAUGAACCAUAUUUAAAGCUAAGAUCUUAGCACAGGCUGCUGCCGGGGCAGAUUUUGCACAAGGGUGAACUGAGCUGCCUCCACCCCACCUUGCCCCCUUGCCCCUCGUCUCCCAGGCGGGGAUUCCUCACUGCCUUCCAGCUGCCCUGCUGCUCUGGACUGGAUAGGACCCGUCUGCGAUCUUCACCCGCCCUAACCCAGCUCCUCAGAGAAAGCGGAAGGAAUCCCUUUUGCACAGGGGGAGGACGACCCAGCCCCGAAGGAAGAACACCUCCCCCACCUCUUCAUCUCUUCGUUUUAAAUUUAUGUGUGUUUUGCACAACGUGUCCCAGUUUCUUGCGGGACCCAGGACCCUCCCCUCCGCCAACAGGGUCUUUUUAGUCUUUAACAGCAGGUGUAUCUCCCCAACUUUCCCUCCUUCUCCUCCUCCUCCUCCCAGUGUAACCUACUGGUCCACAGACACACGUUGCCAGGUGUUUGAGAUCCAGCGAGAUACUGCCCGGGUCCUCUUGCCAACGUCCCGUGUCCCAGCCUUGGGGCCUAGACGGCUGACAGCUGCCCAUGCUCACGACCUCCUCUGUGGUCCUUUCAGAAGCAAAACGGACCUUUUCCUCCGAACUGAGCUGACAGGCGGCUCGGUUUCUCAGCUCUUUCUCUCCUCCAUGGAUCUGCCUCUGGAUUCGAUCUCGUCUCUGGGCCAGCGAGAUGUGCUCUGACCUCAACUGCUCGGGCCUGUUUGUACCACAUGGCUUUCCCCGUGCCCCCCCUAGUUUGAUCGACAUAUGUGCGUCCAGUCUGUCAAUGCACAUUUUAAAUAGCCAGCCCUCCCUAAUGUUGAGCUCCGGCUGCCAACCCCAGGCAGGUGCAAGGAAAUCAGUUGGAUGUUUCAGCCGCUCGGAAGCCCAGAGUCUCAAACCCUUGACUUUGAAGGGUUGCAUUUACAGGAGGAGCAGCUGCCAUCUUGUUUUCAAAGGAAUAAAUUUGGGCACUAGUGGGAGAUGUUUAAGAGAAAAGGAUACUGCAGCGGAAUUAUCCGUGCAGUAACUGGAAGUUCAUCUGUCCCGGUAGAUGGUUGCUUGGGCUCGGCGUUUUUCCUACUGUGGAUGUGGCUUAGGAGGAGAGGGCAAAUAUUUUAGGUGGAGCCAAUUCUUGUGAUGUCGUCGGCUGAUGCCGGCAGAGAAAACUGUCUGCUUUCUUUUCUCCCCAAGCCUCUUGGCCAGAGACAAAAGUUGAGGGCUGAAGCAAAGAGUGGCAUGGGCAGAAAUUCAGGCUGGGCAGCCAUUCCGGUGCAUAACCUUGUGCAGAGCCUUAAGAGAGCCCUGGGGAUGCCAUGGUAGGUCUUUGUUGGGGCAUGGCCAGGAUCCCAGUAGAGCUUAUCUCUAGACAUUUCAACUGCUUAUCUGUAUUCUGUCCACAGAAAAAAAUAUAGGAAUAUGUGUCUAUUCUGGGACAGGCUUUGAUCAGCUCGGGACAGGUUUUGAUCUGCUUGAGGAUUCUGGGUUGCACCUGAUGCUAGGCCCUACGCAGAGUAGACCCAUUGGAAUUAGUGGGCCUAAGUUAGGCCGGGUAAUUUAAGUGGGUCUACUCUAAGUAGGGCUUAGCGCCAGCUACAACCCCUCCUGUCGCAGAAAACAGCUGCUCCAAAACGGAUUCAAAGAAAUACACGUGUUUCACCCAGUAUGUGGCCAUUUAAAAUAUUCCUGACAUCCUUUGAUCCUUUGGCGAUUGAGGGCAGUCUUAAGAGACACACGCAGAGAGCCAGUUUUCUGCAAGUGUGUUCUAUUUUAUUUAUUGCUUCAUAAGCGUUAAAAGUACAAUUUGGGGCAGCUUUGAGCCUCUCUUUACCACACCUGCAUUUAUGUACGCAGUGCCACGCUUGUGCGGUUUAACUUACACCCUGGAGUACAGGCAGAGCAGCCUUCGCCAACCCGGCGCCCUCCGGGCGUUUGGGACUACAACUCCCACGAGGCCCAGCCUGCGCAGCCGUGGGGAGUUGUAGCCCAAAACACCUGGGAGGGUGCAGUUUGGGGAGGGGGUGCUGGGCAAAAAAUCCCCAUAAACCUGGGCUUAAAACGUCCCGCAAACUUCCAAGAGGAUCCCUGGACUUCCCCCUCUCGCUGCUUUUGCUUUAGCACCGACAGGCUUAGAGGGAACCCCUGGGCUACGUGCACUAGGAGCAGUUUUCUCUGUGAGGACUAGUAUUCCAUUUGCAGCUUCUCGCCCUGCAGACCUGAGCUUCCAGCAAAAGAUAAAGAUAAAGGAUGCUGGUUUCUGCAGAAGCAUCCCAUGUCCUACCAGUUUGCCUGUUUCCCCAAGUGUAUCGUGGUGGCCAGGAUUUGUGCCUGUAACAGUCUCCAAACUCACCAGUAGAAUUGAUUGAGGCCUGGCGCUGCCCAGUGGAUUCAAAAGUGGAUUUAUAGCGUUUCCAGCGGAGCCAAACCUGGGCAGGAGCAGGGCUUGACUGAGUUGCUCUAAGGGCAGGGCUGCCUGCCUGCCAUGCCUGGUUUCUAACACAAGAGGGCGUUAGGAACUUCCCUGGGACCCCAGGGGAGCCGGCUGUUAUUUUACGGUGGCCACCUGCGCAUGCCCAGAGGCACCCACGCUCUCGUUGGUAAUACCGGCACACAUCCUGGGGUUGGGCCCUUAGCAUUCGAGACGCAUCCAGGAGACUCUGCCCGCCUCGAGCCCAACCACGCGCGUUCGCCACGAGUCUUCACCUUGGGGACCGCCUAUCAGCUGCCCGGCAAAGGCUCGAAGGCGGACGGACGCCAGCCUGGCAAGGGGACCCGUCUUGUACGUCACGCUACGCUCACUGUGAACCCAUCGUCGGCUCUGCAUCUUUGCAAAACGCGGCCCAGCUGCCAGAGAAACCAACUGGGACGGGUGGGUGGGUGAAAAAACCCCUCUCUCAGAGGACUGACCACCACGGGACUGGCUCCCCUCCUCCAGGAAAAAAAGCCAUACUGGGUGCCGAGCCACUUCACACAAUCUUCACACCCGCUUCAUCCCAGCCUGGUCAGAGGAACGUGGGGAGCAGAGGAGGGACUCUGCCUUGCCCCCCCCCCCCCGGUCUGCUUGGAUCCUUCGCAGAGACCUUGGCGGACAGUAUUACUUUUGCUCUCUCCCCCCCCCCCCCGCCUCCCAAAUGCAUGUCGCCCUCGCACUCUUGUCUGCCUCCCUCCCCUCCCGGUCCUGCGGCCUUUGCCUGCCAGCUGGUGUCUGGCAGCCGAGACCCCCCAACUCCCCCCCCCCCAAAGUCCGCAGAAGAACACGCCCGGAAGCUGCGACGAUGACGCCCCCCCUGUGCCUUCGUCACUUUACUACCUGCUCUCUAAACGUUUGUUACUGUUGUGUCUGAAGAGUGUUUAAAUUAUAGAAUCGUGAACUCCUAUUUAUACUAAAGAGACAGUUUUCACACCACAGCCUCCCCU